AUGACUUUGGUUGAUCUUUUCAAUGCCAACGGCUAUGCUGUCAUUGAAGACGUAUUUACGGAAGAUGAGAUAGCCAAAAUGAAAUGUAUCAUGAAAGGUAUUGUGGAUGAAACGAACUUUGAUGAUCAUCCCAAGAGUGUUUUUACAACCAUCGAAGAGAAGAAGCAUGCGUCUGAUGAGUACUUCUUGAACUCAUCUGAUAAAAUAAGAAUAUUUUUCGAAGAAGGUGCACUUGAUGAAGAUGGGAAGUUAGUUGUUGACAAACAGAAAGCCCUGAACAAGAUAGGACAUGGCUUGCAUUUUCUGAAUCCUGUUUUUCGUGAAAUAACGUUCCAUCCCAAAAUCAAAAGUUUAUUUGAAAAGCUGAAGUUUGAGCAACCAGCCGUUGUACAGUCCAUGUACAUAUUCAAGCAACCGAAAAUCGGAGGGAUGGUGACAGACCACUUUGAUGCAACUUAUCUUUACGUGGAGCCUAUAGAUCACUUGAUUGGAGUUUGGAUAGCAGUCGAUGAUGCCACGAUUGAAAACGGCUGUUUAUCUUUCAUUCCUGGAAGUCAUAAACAAUCUUCUGUUGAUUAUCGUUUCGUACGAACCCACGACACGACUGGUGGACCAUUAUUAACAUUCAAUGGUGAACGACCUGUCUAUGAUCAGAAUCUAUUCGUACCAGUUCCUAUCAAGAAAGGAUCUCUUAUUCUCAUUCAUGGCUUAGUGGUUCAUAAAUCAGAAGCUAAUCGUUCUGAUAAAAGUCGACAUGCUUAUACUUUCCAUGUGAUGGAAAAGAAAAACACAGCUUGGAGCCCCGAUAAUUGGCUUCAACGUCCAGAUGGUUAUGAGUUCAAGGACUUGUAUACGUUCUAA